UGCCGCGGACGUGGCACAUCCGCUGAGCGGUCAGUUCCCCAGAACCUGCCCGUGACCAUGGAGGCCAGGAUGUUCUGGCUGCUGGUGGUGGUGCUGGCCUUGGCGUCCUUCAGCUCUGCCGGGGAGUAUGUGGGCCUGUCGGCGAACCAGUGUGCCGUCCCUGCCAAGGACAGGGUGGACUGCGGCUACCCCCAGGUCACCCCCCAGCAGUGCAACAACCGGGGCUGCUGCUUCGACUCCAGCAUCCCCGGGGUGCCCUGGUGCUUCAAGCCCCUGCAGGAAACAGAAUGCACCUUCUGAAGUGACCAGGCUGCUUGGACACCUGGGAGGGGCCCUUCGGCACUCAGCGCCUGCCCGGGACGCUGCCCGGGGCUCAUCGCUUCUGCUUUUCUCUCACCUGCUCCUGGCAAGGCUGCGCGGAGAGCUGAUGCCCAGGGCCUGAUGUCUUAAUAAAGAUCCGUGCUCAGCAUAAGGACAGGUCAUUUCUGAGACGUUAA